AUGGAGAACUACACCUACAACAGCUACACCCUCCAACUGGAGGGGUUAAUUGUUUCUGAAGAGUCUACAUACCCUGUCUUCCUCUUUUUCUUUUUCUCCUACCUCUUCAUAAUAAUAGCAAAUGUUGGUAUUGUAGUUCUGGUUUUCAUUGACAAAAGCCUCCACCAGCCCAUGUAUCUGCUGUUUUGCAACCUGCCCUUAAAUGAUGUGCUUGGAAACUCUAUUCUUGUGCCUCGGUUGAUGUUGGACGUGUUGCGUCCUCCCUCUGAGCGCCUCAUCAGUUAUUAUGAAUGUGUGGUCCAAGCUUUUACAACACAUGUAUUUGGGACCACUUCCCACACAGUGCUCAUGAUCAUGGCCUUUGACAGAUAUGUGGCCAUCUGCGAUCCCCUGCGCUAUGCUGCCAUAAUGACCAACCAAAUGGUGAUGAAGCUGACAGUUUCUGCCUGGGGGGUGGCCUUAGUGAUGGUUGGGAUUCUGCUCGGUCUGACCAUCCGGCUGAACCGAUGCAGGACUCUGAUCACAAACCCUUACUGUGACAAUGCAUCUCUGUUUAAACUCUCCUGCGAGGAUGUGUCUAUUAAUAACAUCUAUGGCCUUGUUUUCACUGUAGUCCUGUUCUCAGGCUCUAUAGGCAGCAUGGUUCUCACCUACACUAAGAUUGCAGUGGUCUGUGGGACCAGUAAGAAUAAGUCUCUGAACAGUAAAGCCUUGAAGACCUGCAGCACUCAUCUGACUGUGUACCUGCUGAUGUUGGUCAGUGGAUUGGCUAAUAUCGUCCUGCAUCGCUUCCCUCAGUACACACCCUACAGGAAACUCAGCGUCAUUUUGUUUCACAUCAUCCCCGGCAGCCUCAACCCCAUCAUCUAUGGUCUGCAGUCCAAAGAGAUACGGACAUUCCUGUCCAGUUUCAAUUUCAAGAAAGUAUUGCACGUUGUCGUAAAGAAAAUAGCUGCCUUGUUUUGGAUGGAGAACGUAACAAAGGUAACUCCUCUCACAGAGCCCAUCAUUUUCGAGCUGGAGGGCUUCUAUGUACCACCAGGCUACGGCGCCUUCUUCUUCUUCCUGGCUCUGCUUAACUACUUGGUCAUGCUGUUGGCGAAUUGCGUGGUACUGUGUGUGAUUGUCAUUGACAAGAACCUGCACAGACCCAUGUUCGUAAUGGUUGGUCACCUGGUGGUUUGUGAUAUGUUUGGGGCCACAGCGGUGCUGCCUUGCCUCAUGGUACACUUCCUGACCGGCCAGAGGAAAAUCGCCUACAUCCCAGCCAUCGCCCAGGCCUUCUCUGUGCACACGUACGGCAUCGCAGCGCAGACCAUUCUGGGUGUAAUGGCCUACGACAGGUACAUUGCUGUGUGUGAACCACUCAGGUAUCACACCAUCAUGUCAUCGGCUCGGCUGCACUCCUGCUGCGCCCUGGCCUGGUUGGUCGCUCUGCUGUUUAUUGCUGUUCUCUUCUCAGGGCACGUGAAUACCCCGCUGUGUGGCAAUACCAUCAAACACAUCUACUGCGGCAACCGUGGUAUCCUAAGCCUGGCCUGCAGUCCCACGCCUAUAAACGACAUUUAUGGUCUCACCAUGUCCUGGUUUGUGAUUACAGGCGUCUUCCUCGUCAUUGCUUUUUCCUACAGUAGAAUCCUCCAUGCUACUGUGAAACGAGGUCGAGCUGACAGCACCAUGCGAAGUAAGGCCUUUCAGACGUGUGCAUCGCACCUUGUUGUGUAUGUGCUCUAUGAAAUUGCUACACUGGUCAUCAUUGUGAGUCAAAGGUUCCCUUCCAUCUCUCAGAAUAUUAAGAAGUUCUUCAGCAUCCUUUUCAUCAUCAUCCCACCAGUCAUUAACCCCAUUAUCUACGGACUGGUCAGUAAAGAAUUACGUGCAAGCAUCAUCAAGCACUUAACCUACGUCCAAGUCCGUCACAAAAAGUGAGAAAAUGAGAGGGGGUUAACUUCUUCAGCUCAUUGUUACCUGAUA